AUGACCUGUACAUGUGGGUAUUGGCAACUUGAUUGCAUACCUUGUGGUCAUGUCAAAAGAGUGAUAACAGUCAACAAAUACCAAGAUUGCUCGUUGUAUGUAUUAAAAGUUUACCAUACCGAAACAUUGAGGAAAACAUAUGAGGAAUCAGUGAACCCUUUUCCAAAGCCAUCUGAAUGGGAGAUCCCCGAUGGUUUGAUGACUGUUAGGCCACUUAUAAUGGAUAAACGUCAGCCAGGUAGGCCAACAAACAUAGAACGCAAUCCACCCCAAGACGUGGGUCCAAAAAGAAAAGAGUGUUCUACAUGUGGUCAAGCAGGACACAUGAGAAACAAUUGUGCUCGAAGGGCAUCUGGUAGUGGAGCAAGUCGCAUGAAAAUUCCUACUAAGGAGACGACAAUUAAUAUUGGGCUUCUGCAAGUUAUUCAUAGAGCUAUAACGCUAAUUAUGAAUUAA